CAGCCAUUUUGUCUGUUCAUGCAAGUCCACCCCGCACGGUCACGAACAGCAGUUCCCCCCUUAAAAAACAUUUGAAAAUCUUGCGCCGGAUCGUUUUAUGAACAUUCUAUGGAAAUCGAGAAAGGUUGAAAAAAUACCUUUCUGAAACUUAAGUAAGAAGGGGCCUCUCGUUUCAUCUUACGUGGGUUAUUUAUGCCGUGUACGUGCCACUGAUCGGCGCUAUGUCGAGCGAGGAGAGCUACUUGGCCAUCCAGCGGUAUUUGACCGACGAGCGGGAGCCGUACGCGCCGGGCACCCACGGCAACACCAAGAGGAAGAUCCGCAAGGCGGCCGCUUGUUACAUCGUACGAGACGGGGUCCUCUACUACCAGAGGCGACAGAAGGGCCUGGACGAGUUCACAGAGCUGGAGGUGGUGCUACAGGCCGAGCGGCGGAAGGAACUCAUCACCGAGGCGCACGUCAACUCCGGAGGGGAGCACCUCAACCAGCAGCUCACCUGGGAGACCAUUUCUCAGAAAUACUGGUGGAGAGGCAUCCUGAAGCAGGUCAAGGAUUACAUCAGGGAGUGCCAGUGCCAAAACAAGCAAGACCGGGUGAGGGGAGGCGCUGAGGACGGCCCAGGCCACGCCACUGCUCGGCAGCCAGCUAGACGAAAGCCUACCGCCCGUGUAAGCGAGGAAGAGGAUGAAGACGAUGAUGACGAUGAAGAUCUCGAGGAUGAGUUUAAUGCAGCCUUCCAUAUCAAAUCCAAAGGCACCAAAGUUAAUAAACACGAGUUGGUCUUUGUGGACAGUAAAGGUGUUGUGAAGCAGUUCCUGCCCAAACACGGACAAACCACACUGGACAAGCUGAAUCAGCAGCGUCUCAAUAACCAGUUCUGUGACAUCACUCUCCUCAUCGAGGGCGAAGAGCACCGAGCGCACAAAGCUGUCCUGGCUUCUUGUAGCGACUAUUUCUAUGAGCUCUUCAUUGAGAAAGGUGCCGUAGCAAGCCAUGAAGCUGUGGUCGACCUCUCUGGGUUCAGCAAAGCCAGCUUCCUGCCACUGCUCGAGUUUGCCUAUACCUCCCAGCUGACCUUCAACUUCUGCGUGAUGGCGGAGGUCGCCACCCUGGCUCGCCACCUGCUAAUGCCUGAGGUGCUGCAGAUCUGUGAGUCGGUGCACAAGAAGGUGGAGGAGCAGAAGCUGAUGGUGUACCAUCGAGGAGACGUCCACACGGUGGUGGCCAGCCAAGUUAUGAGCUCUCAGCCAGUCGCUCCUGUGGAGUCUGAGACAUUCAUGGUGGCCAUGCAGAGUGAAGGCCAGGCAGUGGUCGGCCACGCGGCACCGCAUGAAGGUGGGCAGUCGAUCGCUGUUAUCACGGGUGAGGAUGGGACAGCUGAAUCUCUGGCUUUGCUGGCUGGAGCAACGGUGGAUGGAGAGACAAUGACUGUAGUGACACACAGUGGACAUGCUGUCACGGCUGAGUCCCUGGCUAUGGUGGCCCACAGCAACCAAGCCGAAGAGGCUGAGACCAUGACUGUGGUCACUCACUCUGGGCAAGCUGGCUCAAGCGAGUCCCUUGCUGUGGUUCAGGCCUGCUGGACAGUGGAAGAGCCACAGUUAGGAGACACCCCGCUAGUAGAGAGCAUGGAGCCUAGUGCUUUUCUUAUUAGUGUGGACCCAGGCAAGCUGGCUCCCACAGAGAAGGUCCACCCAGCUGCAGUGUCUGAUCCUGUUGUCCAUGAGGAGCCAGUGGCUCAGAUCUUGGAGGCGCCACCUCAGGUGGAGCCAGCUGCACCACCACCAGCACCACCAGUCCCUGUACCUCAGAAAAGGCGGCCAGGCAGACCCCCUAAGGCAAAGCAAGCACCUCCUCUUCCACCUCCAAAAGAUGAACCGGUGGAGAUGGCGGAUGCUGAGAGUGGCUCAGCUGCAGGAGAAGAGGAGGAGAAGAAAGAAGAGAAGGAAAGCAUCGACCUUAAUAAGAGGUUCCUGAGGAAGCGCUCAAUGAGACAAGGAGGUUACGUUCGUCUCCAUAUGGGGCUUGAGACCGAGGAGGAGGAGGAGGAGGAGGAGGAAGCAUCAAACACUAUGAAGAUGCCCCAGAAGCUGGUAAGGAGAGGACGCGUGGCCCAGUCAGUAAAGAGGCGUCCAGCUGAUUCUUUGGAGACUGGGCCCGAGAUUGAGCCCGCCUCUGACGGCAUGAAGGCAUUGGCUGACGGGGUGGAGGAGGCGGAGCCUGUGGAAGAAGGGGUGGGGCAGGAGAAGCCCGUGGGAACAGUGGAUGGAGAGCAUACAUGUAGCGAGUGCGGGAUGGUGUUCCAGAGACGCUACGCUCUCAUCAUGCACACACUGAAGCACGAAAAGUCACGCGGCUUCAAGUGCACUCUGUGCAAUAAAGAGUUCCAGUACGCUGCCUCUCUCCGUGCUCACUUGGCCCGUCACAAACACCAGAGGGCAUCAUCAAGCCGCGGCCUGGCUGCUGAUGACCCAGAGGGGCUGGUGGGGCCAGCUAGGGGGCGCACCAAACGUGAGUUUGUGUGCGAUAUCUGUGGCAAGACGCUGCCUAAGCUGUACUCUCUCCGAAUCCACAUGCUGAACCACACGGGCGUGAGGCCACACGCCUGCCGCCUGUGCGGGAAGAGCUUUGCCACCAAGCACAGCCUGAAGAUGCACCGGGCACUGCACGACUCGGCCAAGCGCUUCCACUGCACGGUGUGCGCAAAGAGCUUCGUCACGAAGAGGAGCCUGGAGGAACACACCAGCAUCCACACAGGUGAAUCUAAAUACUUAUGCACGACAUGUGGAGCGUCAUUCCAUCGGGCAUCCGGACUGAGCAAACACUUGAAAAAACACCAGCCUAAACCCGUGGUCCGUGCAUUCCAAUGUUCCCACUGUGACAAGAGCUUCUACGAGGCGAAGGACCUGCAGCAGCACAUGAAUAAGCACCUGGGACUGAAGCCUUUCCAGUGUCAGGUGUGUGGGAAGUGCUACAGCUGGAAGAAGGACUGGUACUCGCACGUCAAAUCGCACACUGUGGCAGAACCGUACAGGUGUAACGUGUGUGGUAAGGAGUUCUUUGAGAAGGCUCUGUUCAGGAGACACGUGAAGAAGGCCACCCACGGAAAAAAGGGCCGGGUGAAGCAGAACCUGGAGAGAGAGUGUGAACACUGUGGCAGGAAGUUCACCCAGCUCAGGGAGUACCGCCGUCAUAUGAACAACCACCAAGGCGUAAAGCCCUUCGAGUGUCUGACGUGUGGGGUGGCAUGGGCUGAUGCCCGUUCUCUAAAGCGUCACGUGCGCACUCACACGGGCGAGCGCCCCUACGUGUGUCCUCUGUGCCAGGAGGCGCACAUCGAUGCCCGGACCCUGCGCAAGCACAUAACAAAGUACCACGGGGACCACCUGCCUGGUAAGAUCAUGUUGGAGAAGGACACACUGCAGUUCCACAACCAGGGCACGCAGGUGGAGCACGCCGUCAGCAUCCUGAGCCCCGAGCUACCGCCUGAGCUGUGCCCAUCGCAGCCGCCCCCUGUCGAGGAGAUCGAGACGGUCCUCAUCACCGAGGAGACCGUGGAGGCAGUGGAGGCUGUGCAGGCUGUUACCGAGGGGGCCGCCAUGACGACGCUCUCCGACCAGAGCAUCAUGCAGGUGGUGAACUAUGUCCUGGCACAGCAGGCCGGGGUAAAGGCGGAGGAAGCCGCCGAUAUCAUCCAGACCAUGGAGGUGGAGGUGGCCCAUGUAGCAGAGGUGGAGUGAAGGGGAGUGGACAGGCUUCAAGUGUACCUUAACGGGAAAAGACUGGAUCAGCAGUGUGGCGGUGUGUGUGACGUCUUAGAUGGUAGCACUCAAGUGAACUCAUUGCCUCCACUGUGCUUUGACGCAGACAGAAUGUAAAGAAGUUGCGUGUUUAUUUUUGUUGUAAAAUAUAAAAUUGACACAAAGAACGUUUGUUUAUGGCUCUCCACUCUUUUGCUGGAGUGCAUGUACCCGCUGCUUCACCUAGCAGUGUGUGUGUAUGUGAUGUGUAUAAUGUACAUACAAAAAUAUAUAGUCUGGUUAACAUGCCAAUAAUUUACAAUAUAAUGCAGCACAAAACUCAAUAGAAUGUCAGCUCUUAUGUACAAAAAUAGCUUUUUUUAACCAGUUGGUUAAAAUUUCUAUGCAUAAAGGAUGGGUAGUUUUUGGGUCCUUUUUUGAGUUGAGAUUUUGAAACCCUUGUCAUACCUUGUGGUGGGACAAUCUGGCUGGUGGUUGCCUGUGUUUUAGCGUGGUACAAGCAGAUCUUGUGAUUCAGUGAAGAUAACCAAAUAAAAGUUUUUUGGCAGGGUAA